CACAAGAUCCUGUUGAAGAGGAGACUGACGAUGAAGAGAACAUAUAUUUUGAUACAACUGAUUUCCUUUCAUCUAGUUCUUUUAAAAGCAGUGGAUCUGAUUUCCAAAGAUCUGAAGCUGGUUCAGAUGAUGAGGACGACUACCCGAUGGAUGGAAUUGAUCCUUCUAUGAAGUCUGUUGGAAUUAAUUAUCCGUAUGUGAGAAGGCGUAAGAAGCUACCAGAUCCAGUUGAGAAAGAGAAGGGUGUUAGUUUGUGGUCAAUGAUCAAGGACAACAUAGGAAAGGAUCUUACCAAAGUCUGUCUGCCUGUUUACUUCAAUGAACCUCUUUCAUCAUUACAAAAAUGUUUCGAGGAUCUUGAGUAUUCCUACCUUAUUGAUCGUGCAUAUGAAUGGGGCAAAAGGGGGGAUAGUGUGAUGAGGAUUCUAAGCGUUGCAGCAUUUGCUGUUUCUGGUUAUGCCUCUACGGAUGGAAGGAGUUGUAAGCCCUUCAACCCUCUUCUUGGGGAGACCUAUGAAGCAGAUUAUCCAGAUAAAGGUCUUCGUUUUUUCUCAGAAAAGGUUAGUCAUCAUCCAAUGGUUGUUGCAUGCCACUGUGAGGGAAAUGGCUGGAGGUUUUGGGCAGAUAGCAACCUAAAGAGCAAGUUCUGGGGUCGCUCCAUUCAACUUGAUCCUGUUGGUGUGUUAACACUGGAGUUUGAUGAUGGUGAAGUUUUCCAGUGGAGCAAGGUGACCACUUCCAUUUACAAUCUCAUAUUGGGUAAACUGUACUGUGAUCACUAUGGUACUAUGCGCAUUCAAGGUAAUCGCGAAUAUUCAUGUAAGCUGAAGUUCAAGGAGCAGUCAAUUAUUGAUCGCAACCCUCAUCAGGUAUUUAAUAAAUUGCCUGUAUACUAG